AGUAAACAACUAGGUAAUAUGGUCCGAACACAGAGUUGGGUUUUCCCCCCAAACCCAGAGCAGCAGACUGCAGACGCAUCCUUUCUCUUCUCCCACUCUUAAACCCGUCUCUUCUAGAUUUGCGCCCUCCUCUUUCCUUGGUCUCCUCUCCUCCCACCGAAGAAAGGGAGCAGCAAUCCAAUCCCGUCCCACCUUCUACGCAAUGCUGGCCCUCACAGCGGGGCAGUCGUCGCCGCCGGCGGGCGCCGUACGGAAGCCUCGGGACCCCACGCCGGAUCACCCACCGUAUUCAUGGAUGAUCGGCGAGGCGAUCGCGGCGCUGGGCGAGGACGGCGGCUCGGCGGAGGCCGCCAUCUCGGACUUCAUCCGCGGCCGGCACCCCGGCGUCCCCGCCGCCCACGACAAGUUCCUCCGGCAUUACCUCGCCAAGCACGUCGCCGAGGGCCUCUUCGUGUGCGUCGCGCCUGGUCGGUACGCCUGCCGCCCCGACGAGACCGAGCUCGCGCUUGCUGAGGUCCCGGCGGAGAAGCCGCCGUCGCCGGCGACAGAGGCGAAGCGCGGCCGCGGCCGGCCUCGGAAGGAUGGCUCGUGGCCAGCGUCGCCUGCUGGCAAGGAGAAGGUCCGGAGCGAGCCGCCACCGGGGACAGUGGCGAAGCGCGGGCGCGGUCGGCUUCGGAAGGAUGGCUCGUGGCCGGCGUCGCCUGCUGGCAAGGAGAAGGUCGAGAGCGAGCCGCCACCGGCAACAAUGGUGACGCCGGUGGCAAAGCGCGGGCGCGGUCGGCCUCGGAAGGAUGGUUCGUCGCCGGCAUCGGCUGCUGGCAAGGAGAAGGUCGAGAGCGAGCUGCCACCGGCAGCAAUGGUGACGCCGGUGGCGAAGCGCGGGCGCGGUCGGCCUCGGAAGGAUGGUUCGUCGCCGGCAUCGGCUGCUGGCAAGGAGAAGGUCGAGAGCGAGCUGCCACCGGCGCGUGGCCGGUCUCGCUUUCGCGCGCUGGCCGCGGCCGCCGGCGUCUCUGGCGAAGCGCUCCUCCUCACGGACAUGGAAGACGGUAAUGAGGCUCCUCUAUCAACCGCUGAACCGCGCGAGCUGGCGCGCUCUAGCGCUCCAUCCGCCACGCUGGAUGAUUGCGGCGAGGCUCCAUCAGCCAAGCGGCCUCUCGUGGCCAAUGAACCUGCCGCAUUCAAUACGCCGGAGAGCAGCACCCAGCUUGCCAAACUGGUUCCCGUGGCAGCUGACGAAGGUUCUGCUCCGGCAUUAGCCGCCGACGAAGAGCAUGGUACUGAGGCUCCACGGUCAAAGUACAGGCGCCGUCGUCGGUCUUGCAGUUCCGCUCCUGCGGAAGCCACCCACGGCUCUGCCCCAGCCUCCAUUGCAGACAAGGCCGCUGACAAGACUCUAUCUGCUACACCCAAGGGCCGCGGCCGGCAGCAUAAAUCGGCACCGGUGACCUCUGCGGCCAGCGAUGGUACACCCAACAAGGCUCGAUCGGUACCAGUGAAGCCGCGCUGCCAGCCUCGCAAACUUUUUCAGCUGACUGCUGGUGAGGUUCCAGACCCUCCGUCCAAUGAGUUUGUCAAAAUUUGGAUGUAUCUAGACGUAUACAGAUGCAUUCAAAUUUUGUCAAAGUUGAGACAUUCUUCGUUGUUGGACGGAGGUAGUAGGUUAUUCUGUGUGCUCGCGCUGCCUGCGCCAACCACCGUGGCGACAAAGUAGCUCUGAAACCUACUGAUGAAGCAUCAUCAACUAUCUUAGUUCUGAAAACGCCUUUUGAUUCGCUAAAUGCAAUGCGAGAGGAUGAUAGCUUUUGUGUUUUAGUAUCCGCCAAAGUUGCUUAGGGGGUUGUUUGAAUGAAGUGUAUCUCUUUUGUGUCUUAAGUUUAGUCUAAGUUUGAAUUAAACAACACCCUGCAUCCAAAGAAGACCUUAUCUUUCGUCAGAUCAUGCGCAAAUAAUGUACGCAACUCUUGCAGGUCUUGAAUUGUCAUAAAAUUUCAGGCAACUCAGUCACAUUUUAGGAACACCAAAUCUCAGACCAGAAUUACUGAAAUGCCAGAAACCUUUGUAAAACAUUCAGUAAAUCCAAAGGUUUACAACAAUUUGUCGAUAUUGUCACCAAGCAGAACUCGAUCACCACAAUUGGCAA